GAAAAAAGCGGAGUGCGGAAUUAAAGGGGAAAUGAAAUGUGAAUAUAAGCGUCGUCUUUCUUUAAACGUGCGAGGGCUACUGCUUUAAAUAUUUCCUGUUCGGUGGAAAACGCCGACUCUGUGCGGAGUGCGGGAGACGCAGGGGUUUCUUUAGCCGUGUGUGGUUUAGCUCUCCGGGCAGCGGGUUACAAAAGGGUUAAUUUUUUCAACUGCCGACAUUUUUACACGCAGCUCGCUCGUUGUCCGGGACGAAAAAACACGACUAACGUUGUGCAUAACCGGGCUCUAUGAAAGUGAAGAAGGCAUAUGCACCGUUCUCUGCGAAAUAACAUUACCCACGGGCCCGGCUUUUAUUUAGGUAUAGGUGUUUUUGUCUCCGCCCCCAGCUUAGCUAGCUAGCUAAACCUGCCCAUGCGUGGAGCGGGGGUGCAGAGGGGAGACACAACAAGGGGUUAAUGUUGUGCUUCACUAAAAGUUUGCAGAAUCUUUGCAGAAUAACUUAAAAGUUUUACUUUGAUGCCUGAUAUAUUUGUGCAAUAUACGAUAACAUAUCAGCGGAUUAUAAGGCGUCCCUUUGGCGAUGCCACUUUGACAGGCACAUGUCAUACACCCUGUCGCAUUAACUGGAACCCAGAGCUCACAGACAAGAGCGCAUAUAAACCGCCUUCUGCCGCUUGACUUCAGCAUGGCUCAUAUUUAUAAUCCAAUUCUUAAAAAUACAAUUCUGAUGUUAUCCAGCCGCCGUCAGAAACUCGUAUAAAAGAUCGUCGUCCGUUGAGAGGCAGCGGUCCAGUUACUGGUAAAGGUACAGUCAUUGUCCCCAGGUCAUGUCUGUGCGGGAGUCUUUUAACCCCGAGAGUUAUGAACUAGACAAGGGGUUCCGAUUAACCCGCUUCACAGAACUCAAGGGGACCGGCUGCAAGGUCCCACAGGAUGUACUUCAGAAGCUUCUGGAAUGCCUGCAUGACAAUCACUUCCAGGAAGACGAGCAAUUUUUGGGGGCAGUUAUGCCCAGGCUAGGUAUCGGCAUGGAUACUUGUGUUAUCCCCUUGAGACACGGUGGUCUUUCACUUGUUCAGACGACAGAUUACAUUUACCCCAUUGUGGAUGACCCCUAUAUGAUGGGGCGCAUCGCCUGUGCCAACGUGCUGAGUGACCUCUAUGCUGUAGGUGUCACAGAAUGUGACAAUAUUCUCAUGCUUCUGGGGAUCAGCAAUAAAUUGUCGGAUAAGGAGAGGGACAAAGUGAUGCCCCUGAUUAUUCAGGGGUUCAAAGACGCAUCGGAGGAGGCAGGAACGUCGAUAACGGGGGGGCAGACGGUGGUGAAUCCCUGGAUCGUUCUCGGCGGAGUGGCGACGACAGUAUGCCAACCCAACGAGUUCAUCAUGCCAGACAACGCUGUACCUGGAGACGUGUUGGUGCUGACAAAACCCCUGGGGACACAAGUGGCCGUGGCUGUGCACCAGUGGCUAGAUAUCCCUGAAAAGUGGAACAAAAUCAAGCUGGUGGUGACACAGGAGGACGUGGAGCUGGCUUAUCAGGAGGCCAUGAUGAACAUGGCCCGGCUGAACAGAACAGCGGCCGGCCUGAUGCACACCUUCAACGCCCACGCCGCCACCGACAUCACAGGCUUCGGGAUCCUGGGCCACGCCCAGAACCUGGCCCGGCAGCAGAGGAGCGAGGUGUCCUUCGUCAUCCACAACCUGCCCGUGCUGGCCAAGAUGGCCGCCGUCAGCAAGGCCUGCGGCAACAUGUUCGGCCUCAUGCACGGCACCUGUCCGGAAACCUCGGGAGGCCUGUUGAUCUGCCUGCCCCGAGAACAAGCGGCACGUUUCUGUGCUGAAAUAAAGUCCCCCAAGUACGGCGAGGGCCACCAGGCCUGGAUUAUCGGCAUCGUGGAGAAGGGCAACCGCACUGCCAGGAUAAUUGACAAGCCCCGGAUCAUCGAGGUGGCCCCACAGGUGGCCACGCAGAACGUCAACCCCACUCCCGGGGCCACCUCUUAAUCCUGCCUCCCCCCGCCCCCCCAAGCCUUUUUAGACACAUGUUCUGAUGCCAUCCUUGAAUACAUAACAACUGCUGUGUCUGUGUGAUUCUUGUGUGCUCAGACGUCACCUUAGGGCAGAAGGGACACGGACACAGUUUAAAAAGAAAAAAAAACAUUCAUUGCCUUUGUGUCUUUUUUUCCUACGUUAACUGAAGACGCACCUAAUCAUGAGGCAGCUUCUGAGUUGAGAAUAUUAUUACCCAACACUGUUGAUUCAUUUUGAAUCUUUAGACAGGUUUCGUCUAUUGCCGUUUAGGCUUUCUUCAAAGGUGUCCCCACCCUGCACACCUUACCGAUACGUAGCAAGCAUUUUUAUUGUUUUAUUUUUUUUUUUAGUCCCUGCACUAUGUACAGUGAAAUCCUGGGACUGGAGUAGAAGCUCCUAACGGAUGCCUUGAGAAGAGUGAAGCGGGAUGUAAACGAGGAGGCGGGAACUUGAGGGGUCGCUUGGUAGUUUGUAUCGUUUUUCCUCCCCUCCCAGUAAUGUUCUCCGCGUCAGUCAGAGGAGAGCAUGCUGGUAGUGUCAGCUGAGGAAAGCUAAGGUUAUAUACCGAUAAAGGUGCCGUGCGCGUCCUGCGUGAUCGGUUAUUAUUCCGACGUUUCUCGUAACAGUGGGAAUCCUUCGGUCUGCUGGAUUCUGGAGGCCAUAAAUGCCCAGGAAGCGGCUCACCCGUGUAAAUGCUGGGGGGUUCAGGGAACUUCCCACGACAACAUGUUCUGUGGUCAGUAGUUACAGCGUGUGCGACCUUGGCCACUCAGUAUGUCUCCAUAGGCACUUCAGCGUGUAGUGUGUCACAUAGCUCUCUUAGUUAUAUUUUUUAUCUUUUUUUUUUUUUUUGUUUUGCAAAACAGUGUCAUGUCAACAUUGCGACUUCCGCUGAGACCCCAAUAAAUGUAUAAUUUUUUAUCUCUUGUA